CAUUUUUUCAGUUUGAUUUCGUUGUUAGUCUAAGUGCUGUUCCCAAAUUUUGAAAGUGUUCUUUCUCUAGGGUUUUGUAAUUUCAAUUCUGUCUCUUGUUCCUUUUUUUGUUUUUUUUUUGGGUGAAAUUAUUUUGUUGUUCUUGUAAGCUUCAGAUUGAUUCGACCUUGUAAUAUGCGCUCUUAUAUUUUUCGUAAUUGAUCUUUGGGUUCUGUAUCUGACGCAUUUAGAUUGAUUUUGAGAUAUUAUUCUGAUUACGGAACCCUAACUCAUUUUGGUAUUAUUCUGAUUACGGAACCCUAAUUGGGAAGACUAUACUAAUUUUGAAUCCGAGAUUCUGAAUUUUUUCUCUUUGACGUUGAAAAUUGUUUAGAUUCUUAAUGGCUGUGAUGAUUUGAGAGGUUAUAAGAGUUAAGGAGUGAUGACUUUGUUUCAGAGAUCGAUCGAAUCACAAUUGUUAUUAAAAUGUGGUUUCGCUAUUGCUCAGUGUCUAUGAGAAUCUUGAAAAGUUUUUUCUUUUCUGUUGGGCUAUUUCUGUUUUUGAAGAGAUAUAGAGGAUGGAGAAUGGUGGUCAGUAUGAUAAUGGAAGGUUCAAACCCGAUUACUUGAAAGGUGCACAAUCUAUGUGGAAUAUGAUGCCUCAGCAUCAGAUUAAGGAACAACAUAAUGCGUUAGUGAUGAAUAAGAAGAUCAUGUCUAUCCUUGCUGAGAGGGAUGCAGCUGUACACGAAAGAAACCAAGCUGUCUCUGCGAAAAAGGAAGCAGUAGCGGCUAGGGAUGAAGCGCUUCAGCAACGGGACAAAGCUCUUUCUGAGAGAGAUAAAGCCUUGAUAGAGAGAGACAAUGCUUAUGCUGCGCUUCAACACCAUGAAAAUAGUCUCAACUUUGCUUUGUCGGGUGGGAAACGCGCUGAUGGAGAUGAUUGUUUCGGUACUGAAACCCACAAGCUUGCAGUCUUCCCUUUAUCAACUAUUCCUCCUGAGGUGACCAACACGAAGGUGAACAAAAGGAAGAAGGAGAACAAACAGGGACAAGUAAAGUUGAAAAAAGUGGGUGAAGAUCUGAACCGUCGAGUUGCUGCUCCUGGAAAGAAAUCUAGAACAGAUUGGGACAGCCAAGAUGUCGGCUUAAAUUUGGUCACCUUUGAUGAGACAACAAUGCCAGUACCAAUGUGCACGUGCACAGGCUCUGCCCGUCAGUGUUACAAAUGGGGAAAUGGUGGCUGGCAAUCGUCUUGCUGCACAACCACCUUAUCGCAGUAUCCCUUACCGCAGAUGCCAAACAAGAGGCAUUCUCGGAUGGGCGGUAGGAAAAUGAGCGGAAACGUCUUCUCGAGAUUACUUAGCCGUUUAGCAGCAGAAGGAUAUGACCUCUCGUGUCCUGUUGAUCUUAAAGACUAUUGGGCUAGACACGGGACAAACCGUUACAUCACUAUCAAGUAGUCCUCUAAGGUCUACAUAGUCCAAGUAUGUUACUCUUAUUUUCUUUUUUAAGGUUAGGUGCCGUCUUUGUCUGUAUUGUCCAUAGUUCGUUGUUGUUUAUGGUAAAACGAAAAUUAUGUUAACUAUCUUUUGAAUGGGCAUAAAUGGUUUGGUA